UGUGUGUGUGUGUGUGUGUGUGUGUGUGUGUGUGUGUGUGUGUAUGAGAGAGAGAGCGAUCUGCGCAGGGAGACGGAGCUUCGCUUCUGGAAAACAGCAUCUUUCCCUCCACUCUGCUCCUCCCCUCUUCCCUCUCGGCAUCUCUCCCACGCUCCAAAGCUCAACCUUCAGUUUCCCGGAUCCUCCCAAAUUCUCCCGAGCUGAGCUGAGGUGGGCGUGUGGAGCCUCUGACCCUCUCUCGCCCACUCUCUUUCUCUGUCUCUCCCUCUUUGCUACAGCUACAGGGGGCUAUGGAUGGACUGCGUUUACCUCCACUCAUCGAGGAGGCUUUGGACUCUACAGGCAUCCCUUUCUAAUAUCGCUGUCAUCUUUUCAUCAGAUGACCCUUGCGAUCUGAAAGCAGAGUGCAGCCCCACCAUGGACAAAGAGAUGACAGCAAAGGAGAGAUGCGUUCUGGAGAACAACGAGAAAGAGGAAAUGGACCAGGAGAGAGCUCAGGAGGAGGAGGAAGAAAAGAAGUUGAAGGAGGAGGAAGGUGAAGGGGAGGAGAAGGGAGAUCCGGAGGAUCCGCUGACAGAGGAGCAGGAGCUGGAGGAGCUGAGGGCACAGGUGCUGCAGCUGCUGCUAGAACUGGACGAUGCCAGAGAUACCUCCAACAAACACCAGGAGAGCUUCCAUGAGCUGCAAGGUCUGCUGGAGGAUGAGCGUCUGGCCAGUGCCCAUCAGGCUGAAACCUUCACACGCCAGAUCCAGAAUCUCCAAGCCCAGCUGCGUUCUGUGCAGGAGGAGAUGGACAGCCUGGAGGAGGAGAAGGAAAGCGAGCUGGCCGAGGCCCAGGAGGAGCUGCGCAUUGCUCAGGAGGAGGUGAUCCUGCUCCAACAGGCGGCAGAGGAGGCGGCAGCAGAGAGGGAGAACGACAUUGCCUCGCUGCAGGAGGAGCUGUGUCGCCGACGGGCCGAGCUGCAGCGCCUCAGCGAGGAGACCCAAGAGUAUGAGUUGGAGAUCACCACGCUGAGAGCUGAGAUCAGCAUGAAGAGUCAGCGCAGAGAGGCCGAGAGGAAAGAGGGUGACGUGGACCUGCUGAAAGAGGAGUGUCGUGUUCUGAAGGAGGAGUGUCAGACCCUGAAAGAGGACAACAGACGUCUCUCUGAGAGGCUGCAGCUGCUGCAGAGACAGAGGACAUGCUCCAGUGUCUACCUGUCACUAAAAGAGGAGGAUGCAGUGGAGGGCACAGAGGGGAAGGAGAUAGGGCUUGGCUCGGAUGAGGUCAUGACAGAGAGUUACAUGACCAUGGCCCAGUCUGAGAACUGUCGCCUCGUGGACGCGUCCAUCCAGAAGAAUAUUUCAUUUGAUGGAAAGCCCAUGACACCAACCGGCUGGAACGGAGGCAUUGGGGAGAUCUUCUCCCUGAGGGACCAGCUCAAACAGGCAGAGGAGAAGGCCUCGCAGGUUCAGAGAGAGUGUAACGGUCUGAAGAUGGAGCUGCAGGAGCUGCAGGUACUGUAUGACUGCAGCCAGAGGGAGAGAGCAGAGCUGGAGGAGGAGCUGCAGCGCUGCAAGGCAGAGCUGGAGAAGCUGUCAGGGGGGGCUCAGAGAUUCAUCCAUGCGUCUGAGCACCCUGUUCUCUCCAUCCCCUUCUUAGGAAUAAUUGUAAUAUUGGCUGUGGUCUGGUGCUGGUUGUCGGAGCUGGCGUCCCAGAGGGCAAGGGGAGUGAGGUAGGUUGGAACUCCAUUUUGACUAUCACUGCAGCCACAGCAGUGCUACUAAUGAUGACUAGCUUGUUGAGAGCCCUCGUCCGAUGUUGACUGGACGGGCAACAACUGCACAAGGACAGACGUCUGCUUCAGACCAGCCCUUGUUCUCUCCUGCCAUGUCUAUAGACUGAACUGGAUUUCUCUUAAUGUGAUAGAGCUGACAGUGGUGUAGUACAAAAUGUAUGGGAAAUGUUUUCGCUGAUGAAAAGGUACUACAUGCACUGAGAAUGAUGCGCUCAGCCUCAUUUAAGACUGAAGAUGAUGAUGAGUUGACCUGCGGAGAGUCCACAUGAGGACUGAGCUCACUCCACUAAAUGUAUGCUAGUGUUGUGUCACUCUUACUCUGUGUCUGUGAAUAUUAUUUUUCUCUCCUUUAGCUAACAAUGUGAUAAAAAUUAAGGUUUUGAUUAUUAAUGUGCACCAACUGGUUUUCAAAUUAUGGAACCAUUAUUUAUUUAUUUGUUUGUUUGUUUGUUUAAAUAUUUAAUUUCAUAGUUACAUAGUUCAUAGUGGUCUCUGAUAAUAAUGAAAACUCCAGAGUCUGGAAAUUUAAUCCACUGAAAUCCAUGAUAUGUAGGCUUACAUAUGCUCUUUUUAUUAACAAAAUGAGCAGGUUGUAAAUUAGUUGACUAUUAACUUCUUGUUGCUUUCCCUAAAUACUGAAUGCAAUAUAUUUCCCGUACAACAAAACAGGAUUAAAUGUUAAAAAAAUCUCCAUGAAUUAACAUCAACAUAACAUUACGAACUAUCCUGCCACUGUAUUUCUGCCCAACACUUUGGAAUUCUUUAAAAUAUAAACACCAAUGAUGUGCUACAAGAGCAAAUAUGGCUAACAAAACACCUGUUAUUCUAAGCUCAGUGAUGUUUACAGGGGCGGGGCUAGAAGGACGGCAUGGGGUGGCACGUCUCCCUCUGACAUUUGAUUGGCCCCCCUGGCGUGAGCCCCAUCCUUUGAGCUAGAGUGCUGUCAAUCUGACAGUAGUGUAUUCCAUUGGAUCAGAGUACUGUCACUUGGCUGCCUGUUUUGCUAAUCUUCCCAGUCCUUGUCACAUGAUUAAUUAACGUUUCCAUGAUGACUAUCCAAAAUUCUGAUACCAUGGAUCCAGCACUGGAAUUCUUUUUUUUUUUUUUUUAAAGUGGCAGACUGAGCCUAUAAAAAAAUGUCUAUUGUAUUCAGAUAUAUAGUUUGUUUAAAAUGAAAACAAGAGAAACUAUUAAUACAUGGGAAGUUUUAUUUUGCAGAAUUACAUUGUGUUGUUAUAUUCUAUCCAAUAUUUCCUAUAUUUCUAAGCAUAUUUUCAAUGCUGUAUUCUGAUAAAAUGCCCCCCCCCCCCCCCCCCAAUGAUUUUUGGUCCCCCUGUGCCACCCCACUUAAAAAAUCCUAGAAUUAACCCUGGAUGUUUAACCCCUUGUGGGUGGAGUCGGCUCCUCUUUACAGUGUUGUUCAGUUACUGUAUGUGCUUUUCUCCGGGCUCUGUCACUUCCGCCUGCCUCAAGUGUCUCGUGUCUGACUCUUAAAUCAAACAACUCCCGCCUUCCUCUUUAAUUCUCAGUUCAACCAAGAUGCCAGAAAGCAUGUGCAGUAUUUCUAAUUUAUCUAACCUGCUCACAGCUCACUUUGUGAUCAAUUCUAACAUCUUACACCCACAGCUGCAUCGUUACACUUACAAAUAUGGUUUGCUGUAGUUUUGUUAUGUGCUAGUAAAAAUACCGCAGCAAAUUUGGGAGUAAAUUCUAGGAUAAUUAAGCUAUAUUAUUAUGUUUUAUAACAUUUCGCCGUGUGGAAAUAAACUUUUGUUCCUCUCCAGCAGGAUUUAAAUGGCUGGUGUAUUGUUAUUUACAUUUUCUGGGGAUCGCAGGUUGUUCUAGGUACUCAGUGGGAGAAUGGCGACUGCCAGCGUUCCCUUGUUUACUGACGACCUGAUGAACACCCGUCUGAAGUGAAAGAACUAACAGGGUUGGAUAGUUGUGAGCGUUUUAGAAAUUGGGAUAGUUCCAAAAUAUGUAAAUAGGAAGGUGUCAGAAAAAGUUUGUUUAAGCAUUAAUUACAAAAAAUAUAUAUGUAUAUGUGGAAGGACUGAUUAUUGUUUACAUUUGUGAAAUGUUUUUUGGUGAGAAUAGUUUCGAACUGAAAAAAAGCAUGCUAGAAAACAAAUAGAAGCACAAUAUAUUAUUUAUGUUAAUUCUGUUACUUUGUAUUUCAUGUAAAUAGUUAUGACAAAUAGUACUAUGGGAGAGAUAUUUCUUAAAUCCAUUUGUACUGGCUUUGUAGAAAGUUUAUUCUAUUUUGAAAGAGCAUCGUAUAUUUGAUAGCCAAAUUGUGUAAAUGUUUAUUCACGUGACGUUAUUCAGAACUGCUAGCACUGAUAAUCAUUUCCAGUACCUCUUUGUUCAAAGGUGGUAUAGUCAUUGCAUGUCUUUAGAUUGCAUUUCACCUUAGUUGCUAGAAUGAGCAAUAUGGCUCGUUAAUUUUCCAAAAUGUAUUAAAAUGUUUUCUGAAACAUUUGUCAUUAAACAGAACCUUGAUAAGCAAAGCCUAUGAAAACACAAUUAUAAAAUGUUGAUGAUGAUGUGUUAACUGUCCAUUUAUAAGUAUUGCAAUAGAAAUUAAAUUCCCAUUGACUGCAAUGGUACAUACAUGUAUGAAUUGUCUGAUUCAGAAUUUAAGUUUUUAUUAUUUCAUGAAUAUUAGCUUUAUCAUAGUUUUACAAGCUUCUAUGUGUUUAUCAGAUUGUUUUAUUUAUUAUUAUUAUUUUUUUAACUUUCUCAUAUUUAUUUGACAUAAUUGUUGUUUUCAAUAUAGUUGUGGCUAUUUUGUACGGUAAAUGACUUGAGAAAAUAAAAAUACCCAUCCCA